CAAUUUUCUCAAUAAAAGUUUUUUUAGUAUUCCUAUUAACGUAAAUAAAAAAAGAGUUCACCUUUUUCCAAAAAAGUGUACAGAAGUUGGGCUACAAGUAAAUUCACCUCCCGGGCUUAACAGGAUAUACAUUCAGGAUAACUGGCGGCUGAUGGAAUAAUAAAAGCCAGCCAGGUUUACCAUUUUCACUCGUCGAAGCCGAAAAUCGAAGACAAAGAAAUCCAUACCCAUCAAACUCAUCAACUAGGAACCUUCCUCUACCAUUCUCUUUCCUUCUUCUCUCGCUUCUCGCCCAUAAAUCCCCUGCCGACCAGUCUCUCUUUCUCCUUUCUCCCAUACCCUUCCUUAGUUUCUUUCUCUAUCUUUCAUGGAUGACUACACAGACUUACCUAGGAAACACAUUAAUUAUGCUCUUAAUGGCAAAGUAAUGCUCUGCACAGGUAUCGUUCUCUUCGUAGCAUUACUUAUCAUACUCUGCUUCCACAACUACACUCGUAUCUUCUUCCGCAACCGCCGUCUCCGUUACAUCCGCCGUCGUGCUCAGCACUUGUUCCCCAUUUCCACUGCUACUUCGACCACGGUUGCAUCCAAAGGUUUGGAUCCUUCUGUCAUUAAAACGAUCCCUACUUUUAUUUACUCCGCAAAAGCCAAUCAUUUCCCUCCACUUGAAUGCGCCGUUUGCUUGGCCGAGUUCGAGAACGACGAGGAAGCCCGCGUUUUGCCUAAGUGUAAUCACACCUUCCACGUUGAUUGCAUCGACAUGUGGUUUUAUAGUCACUCUAACUGUCCACUCUGCAGAGCUCCGGUCCAAGCUGAUAUUCUGGUCAAUCCACCUAAAACAUUAGACCAGACGGUUUUUCCAGUGGCUGCAGCUGGUUCAGAGCCUCCAAGAGAAGAUAUUGAAAUGAAUAGCUCUUCCGCCGCUACUUCGUCGUCUUCAUCUUCGCCGUUGUCAUUCAAGCCGGAGAGUUGCCCCAUGAAAACAUCGGACCUAGGGGGGCUGGGAAUUCUUGUAGAGGUCACCACUGGAGAAGACAGAUUAACGGGUGUUGCGGAUGUGGGUUCGGGCUCGGUUACGGGUAAUCGGAUUCUGAGUCUGAAGAGGAUUUGGGUAGGACAGGAGUAGUAUAAUCUAAAAAAAAUUGUCCUCAACAAUGGCAUAUUCCGGUGUCUCUUGCAAGAGAGGAAAGAAACAAGACUCGCCGUCAGAAAAGACGCAGUUCUUGAAGACACCUGGCGUUUUGCUUUUGUAAACGUGGCAAUUAUUGCACGGUUUGAGUAGCUCUAGCUGUAAAUCUGUACACUUUUGUUCGAUGUGCCUCCGCAGUUCAAUCUGGGCUGAAAAUGAAGGGACUGCUUUGACUGAAAAGUAACAAAUCUAAAGAGUGAUUUUUCAGAUGUAACGCUAACUAGUUCCAGUAAUUUCG